AUGGCAAUUGUUUUGCUGACCGCUACGGUGGACUAUGUAGCUGAUUACGAAGGUCCUACGUACUUCAUCCCUCAGCCCAACAACGUCACCUAUCAAGCCGGAGCAACUGCCACUCUAACCUGCUCUGUCGAAAACUUAGGAAAGAAAUUCAUUGUUUGGCGCAAGACGGCCGAGCCGCACCCUAUAUCAGUAGGGAACAUGAUAUAUGCACCAGAUACACGAUACGAAGUGGCUUUUGCACCUGAGCGACGGGAGUUCAAUUUGGUGAUACGAGCGGUGACUCAACAUGAUGCGGGUGUAUACGAAUGUCAAGUCAGCUCAAGGGAUAAACUCGUUCGACACAUAAUGCUGCGGAUAGAAGAAAGACCAGAAACAUUGCCAUCGCAGUCACACAUAUCGAGGGAAUCAAACGUCGCGAUAAGGAAUCCGGAUUACACUAUGCCAGAAAUUCUCCUGUCAGGAAAGGAGUACGUAAAUACUGGUGAUACAAUUCGACUUGUGUGCAAUGUUACUGGAACUUCAGAUAUACCUCAGGACGUAGACUGGUUUAGAAAUGGAAAUUUGUUACGCUCGAUAUCAAACAAAAUACUUAUAUCUAAGGAGACGUCUAUGGUACGACGUAAAUUAGACAGCGUUUUAGAAGUGCGGUUUAGCAAACUCGAGGAUACCGGUGAAUACGUAUGCAGAAAUUCAGAAAUUCUUAUUGCCAGCCAGAAAGUGAUUGUUCUAAAUGAUGGUGAUUCGAAUGUGGGUAAACGAGGCGCUGGUGCGGAAGCAACAAGUGGUCAAAUUUGCAAUAGACAGUGGUGGUCACUAAUUAUAUCAGUGUUUCUUGCAAAGGCUGUGACUGAUAUUAUUGUGCACACAAGCUGACAAAUGAUGGAAAAAUUAAUUAACGGGUUGCUAAUUUACAUUCCAUGAUAUU